AUGCUCACGUCCGUCGUCCGCGCUCGCCGCCAACGUCGGCAGACGAGCACACGAAAGGAGUCGGACCUCCAGCUAGCCGAACAAUCGCCACUAUCGGGACGAUCAACGAGGCCCCCGUCGGCCAAUCUUGCUCUAGUCGAACCACGUCCACCGUUGACGAAGGAGCGGAUCAAAGAGCUGUGGUUGAUUUUACUUGCGAAACUGGUUCGCCUAUCGCGGCUUCGACAACUGAACGGCAUCAACGCAGAGAAGGCGCUCUUCCGUAAACGUGAGCAAAUGUCGAUGGGCUCGCGCGUGAAGCGGUUGGAGGAGAACACGUCGCAUCUGGAUGAAUCGCUGGAGUAUCUUGAGCGCCACAUACAGGAUAACAGUUCAGCCAUUAACGCUCUGGACGAAAGUAUCGUGGAGCUCCAGCCAGUUGUGGACAGGGUUCAAAAGAUGGAGCGAACGCAGAAGUCACAGGCGCGGACGAUCGUUGAUAUCGAGGAAAAGGUACAGGAACUGGACGUGGAAGUCCAGCGGCUACGAACAUCAGCACGUCGCAAUAACUCCGUGUCCUCAAAUGUGACGACGGCGGUGACCAACGCGAUCUCAGCGCAGCUCCAGGACGUCACUGCGAAGUUCUCCAACCAAGCUUCGGCCUUUGAGGCGUCCGAGAAGCGGCUAACUCAAGUGAGCGAGACUGAGAUUCCAGCGCUCCACGACAAGAUCGAGUUCUCGCUGUACACUCUGCGGCAGGAGGCCGAGCAGCGCACGAACGAGGCCGCAGUGGAGCUCCAUAAGGUGGUCGAGCAGCUGCAGAAUUCCCAGCGUGUUUCGAACGGCAACCAGCUUCUCCGCAUCAUCGACUUCUGCCACCGCAUCUACCACACUUUGCUCGGAAUAAGCGGCGCUAUGCUUCAGUCAGUCGAACUGACUAGGGCGGAGCAGUCAGCGAAGAAUCCCUCCCGCACUGCUCUCGACGUGGGCAUCGAGCUGCUCCACGGAAUCUUCACGCACUUGAUAACGAACUGCAAGUCGCUCUUCUCGCACGAAGAAGUUGAGUCCGAGAUCGACUUCCUGGUAAAUGCAGCGAUGGAUUUCCAGAAGCAGCUUGAAAAGCUCAAAGGCCAGGCAGCUAUGGCGAAGGCGGCCGCGCAUGCACUUGAAACCGGUGGCAACAACGAGGGCCACGACUCCACUCCCACACCGACGAGCCAGAACUCAAGCUUCGACGACCACCUUGUAUUCAUCACCACUACCAAGUUGAAAGAGCUGGAGGUGGCUCUGAUCACUCGAGAGACCCAAAAGGAAGGCAACCAGGUGCCAGAGUUGACGCUCUUCAUGCAUGACGCAGUGGUUCAGGUUCGCGCCGUCCUCUUCUUGCUGUUAUUGCAUGCCGAAGCGACGAGCUCACGCCAUCACGUCGAAGAACUCCGCACCUCACACGCAGUCGUCCAGAGCAAGGUCGACGAGCAUAGUUUCGCUAUUGGUCAUCUCGACUCCACCAUCGCGCUGGUCAAGAUGAUGAACACUCGCCUUGACAGCUUCAUGGAGCUGUCGUUCGCCUACGCUAAAGAGGAGGACGUCAAGAAGUCAAUCGAGGAGCUCAUGACUGCCAACAACGACAUGCGGAAUCUACUUACCACGGGCCUGGAUGCAACGCGCAGCGAAACUCUUGAGCGCGACGGACUGCUCGGAGAGGAGAUGAACCAGCUCAUUGCACGCGUGAGCAAGAAACUCGACAAGGACGAGCUGCUCUGGACCCAGGAGGUUCUUGAGCGGCAGGUGCAGAACGUGGCAAACUCUUCUCUCGAUGAGCACGACCUCAUCGAUAUCCACCGCCGUCUUCGACGCAAGGUCGACAAGAAUCAGCUCAAGUCGCUUCUCCAAGGCCACCGCGGGCGGUUGGAGCCCGGAACGAGCUUCGCGAGGAGCAUAACCAGCAUUGCCACCAUUGACGAAGGUAGUCCGAAGUCGGCUCCACUCAUUGGCGCCAAGUGCAUUUCGUGCCAGGGAGAGCUCCCUCCAACGAAGGCCAUGAUCAAAAAUGUCGUCCGCGAUGAAGUGAUGCACGAACUCGCCAAGUCUCGAGCGCAGAAGCUCCCACCGUCUUCUGUAGCUGCCUUCAACGCCUCCAGCCACCGAAGCAUGGACGCGUUCAAGAAGGAGCUCCUCCUGGCAUCGCUGCAACAACAGAAAAGCAAACAAUAA